UUUAAAAAUUAUACAUUGGCGCUCCCGACGUUUCCCUCUUCUCACUCACGUCUGAACCUUCUUCGCCUUCUCCACUCAUCGGUGUUUCCUCCAUCUGCAUCGUCGAUUUGAAAUGAUCUCCCACUCUCUGCUCUAAACCACGUAGAUCAGGCGUUCGAUAAAAUGUCUGAAUGAAAAAUUGAAGUGUGGUUGUGUUCUCCGUUAGCUUCUUUUUUGAACCAGUGUUAGAGUCCUCCCUGUUCCAACUUCCAAUUUCAGGAGAUUCUAUCCUAGCGGUUUCCGACAAGAUGCACUUGUUUCUCAAGGACAUAGUUCCGGCGGCACAGAACAACAUAAACACGCGUUUCAUCAUCCUCGACAAAGCAAGAUCACCCGCCUCGGCGAGCGGAAAGAGUUGUAUCGCGUUAGCUGCGGAUGAAACGGCGGCGGUUCACAUACAGCUGUGGGGAGACGAGUGCGAGGCCUUCGAAGCAGGGGAUAUCGUGAAGCUCACCAAUGGGAUAUUCUCGUACGUUAGGAACAGUGGGCUCCUUCUCAGAGCUGGGAAACGUGGGAAGAUGGAGAAGAUGGGUGAGUUCACGGUUGCGUUUGUCGAAACGCCCAACGUUAGCGAGAUCCAGUGGAAUCCUGAUCCUGAGAAUCCCAAACGCUAUAUUCAGAACGGGGUCGUUUCAGCGCAUUCCCGUAUUUUCCCUCCUUUGCCUUGAUAAGGUUUGUAAACAACACAUGGAGAAUGGUAACAAACUUGUUUUUUUUUUUUUGUUUUUGGCUCAACAUCAACUUUUCCAUUAACCAAAUGAUUCUAAUACAAUCAGAUUGUGACCA